AAGAUGCUAGGAAGUAGCCAAAUCCAAAGCAUUGACUCUUUUAUCCAAUGUCUCACCCUUUGUCUUCAACUGUUCUUUCAUCCUUCACCCACAAUCUCUUCUCUCUCUCUUCUAUUUCUCUCUCUCUUUCUAUUUCUCUCUCCUUAUAAGAAAAGAGCAAAAAGCUUCCUUCGUUUCACUAUUUCUCCAUGAUUCUGAAUUCCACAGAGAGAGAGAGAGAGACAUUACUAAAAGCUAAGUAAACUUUUCUGCCAUGGCUGAGAAGAAGAAGCAUUUACAUGAGCUUCUUGAAGAUGACCAAGAGCCUUUUCAUCUCAACCAUUACAUCUCUGAACUCCGUUCUCAGAUGGGUUGCUCCGAUUUGCGUGUCAAGAAGCGAAAGUCCGACAACAACGUCGCCACGUUUCCUCCUCCUGGUUUGUUCUCCUGCGAGAGUUCUUGUUUCUUCGCCGCUCAUAAAUCUCCAGACCCAAGAAAGUCUCCACUCUUUGAGCUCCGCUCUCCGGGUAAGAAAAAGACACGUGACGGUCGUGUUUUCCUCCAGAUUCCGGCUAGAACCGCCGCAAUUCUCUUGGAUGCAGCGGCUAGGAUUCAGAAGCAGCAGUCGGAGAAGGCUAAGACGACCAACAAAGCUCGGACCAGAGGAAACGGGUUUGGUAUGUUCGGGUCCGUCUUGAAGCUGCUAACAAACCGUAAACUAAAACCACGUUUGGAUAACGCUGAUGAAAACGCGAUUUCUUUAGAACGCGGGUCGGAACCAACGAGUAGUAGUAGUAGUAGUAGUGGCAGCCGGAGAGAGCGUUUUGUGGAGAUUGGUGAUAAGUGCUUUUGUGACAGCCCUUUUCACUUCGUUCUUCAAACAAGUCCUUCUUCCUCCGGUCACCGGACUCCUCACUUCACAUCGACGGCUACUUCUCCGGCGCGACGCAGUACAGAGGACGAAGAUAGCGAUGAGACAGAGAGCUUAGAGAAAGUGAGAGGACAAGAAGAAGAAGAUAAAGAAGAGGAAGACAAGGAACAAUGUAGCCCUGUCUCUGUACUUGACCCUCUUGAGGAGGAGGAGGAAGAGGAGGACGAGGACCACCAACACGAGCCUGACCAUCACAAUCUCCUCCCGUGCAGCUUUGAAGUUGUACAACGGGCUAAAUGGCGGCUACUUAAGAAGCUUCGUAGAUUCGAGAAGUUAGCGGGGCUGGAUCCGGUAGAGCUCGAAGGGAAGAUGUCGGAAGAAGAAGAGGACGAAGAAGAGGAAGAGUAUGAGGAGAGCGAGGAAGACGAUAACAUAAGGAUUUACGAUUCAGAUGAAGAAUAUGAGGACGUAGAUGAAGCAAUGACACGAGAGAGCCGAUGCGCAGAAGAGGAGAGGAGUAAGAAGAAGAAUGAUGAGAGGCAGAAGAAAUGGAGGAUGAUGAACGCAUGGAAGAUAGGGUUGGGAGUAGAGGAGGAUGUGGACGUGGUGGUGCGGAAAGAUAUGAGAGAGGAGACCAGAGAAUGGACACAACACGGUGGAGAAGUGGAAGAGGCUGUGUCCGAUCUCGAGCUCUCUAUUUUCUUAUUUUUGAUUGAUGAAUUUUCUCACGAACUUGUCUCUUCUUCUCCAUGAACAAAUAAUGAAUUUUGGUUAGAGCAAGAAAAUUAGUAAAUUUUUAGAAUUAGAUAUU